CGGUCGGCGAGGUCGCACGGGUUCUCGCACUGCGCCGUGAGAUUCUUUUAUCUGCGUGCACGAUCGCGAGCGUUGACGAUCAGCAUCGAGAGACCGAAGUUUAAAACAAACCAAUUUUUUAUCUAAUCCACGUUAAAUAUCUUUAAUCGAUACAUACAGCCUUGCCGGUUCGCGAUCGGAUUAAUUCUCAAGUUCUCGUUGCGCAAUUCUAAAUUGAUGUGUAGCUACGGCCAGGAAAAUGGGACCAACAAAAGUAUUUUAUGGUAUCAAAUGAACAGCAAUAAACAGUGACAGGAGAAGUGUCAUUCUGAGAUUUUUGCUGUAUGCAACAAUUACAACAACAUUGACGUUUCCGUGAUCAAAGAGUCGACUCUCGGAAGAAACUGUUUGUUGAUUCCCGAAGAAUGCCUUCUCAACUGAGCAAAUUCUUUAUAAAUGCAUCCUGCAGAGAAUAUGCGCAUCCUUGGACAGAUGAUUGUAUCAGUACAACAGCCGGUCUCGGUCUGCAUGCCCUUCAAGAGAGCCUCAGGAUAUACUCUACUGUUUACGUAGUUACGUUUUUAAUGAGAAGAAAGAUGCCAACGAAAAAGGAUGUCGAAAAAACAAUAUCGGGUAUUUUACAGUCAACCGCUUUUCUCUCGUGGAGUGCCUUUUCGUAUUCUAUGUUUAUUUGUAGCCUGAGACGAAUACUUGGGAGUUUUAAUGUGCUGACUGUAUCAUUUCUACCAUCGUUCCUGUCUAGUUUGAUGGCUAUUCUUAUUGAAAGACCAUCUCGACGUACUCUACUAUGUUUAUACGUAUCUAACAUUGCAACAGAAACUCUGUUCAGAAUGGGACAAGCCAGGGGAUAUUAUUCUUCGAUUCCAAAGGGCGAAACGUACAUUUUUGCUGUAAGCACGGCAGUGUUACUUUACUUUCUUCGAUCCAAAACAAAUAAACAAGAUUCCGUAUAUAAAAUACUUAGAUUUGUCGUUGGAAAAUACGAGGAGACUGAAUCCCUUCAAGAGAACUACCCACAAGCUAAUAUAUUACAGAGUUCUGCUACUAAAUGCAAUAAAGAAAGUUUAAAACAGAAACGUGAUAAAACUAACAAACUUUGUAAAGAGAAUAUAUUCAUGAAAUCCCUUGCAGUUUAUAAGAGGAUUAUCGAAGCAAUAAAAGGUCUGGGCAAACAUGUGUCCUGUCCACAUCCUCACGGUUGUGCUUAUUAUAUAUUAAUGGGCAGUGUAAAACUUUUUGGCUAUGGUUUAAGUGCUCAGUUAUUGCUUAAUUUAAUCUUUCAAAUUAAGAAGUUACUUAAAAAACCACAAUUAAUAAAAUCUAUAAUCUUAAAGAAAAACAACUUCAAUUUGGCUGUGUUUUUAGGAGGUUUUUCAGGACUUUAUAGGCUAGUAUCUUGUUCGUUAAGGAGAUUUUUACAAAAAGAUUCUUCCUAUUAUGCUAUUCCUGCAGGAUUUAUAGGUGGUCUAGCAUUUUCGUCUUACAAUAAUAGUACCGUAGCUUUGUACUUUAUGUGGAAAGCAUUACAGUUGUUGUGGAAUGAUCUCGUGGAAAGGAAAAUUGUACCUGAAGUAAAGGGAUUUGUAAUUUUAUUAUAUUGCUUUAGUACGGCGGUACUCUUUCAUGUAGCCAUUCUUGAACCACAACUUUUACGACCGUCUUAUUGGAAGUUUUUGUGCAAUAUAUCCGGUGACAGAAUAGCGGUAAUGUCUCGAAUACCAUUGGAUCAGUUUGGUUUCCACUCGACUAAAUAUCUUGCAGAAGUGCUCAGGAAAACCAACACUACUAAUAAGAAAGUCUACUCAUUUUAAUUAGAAUUGGAAAGAAGGUAUAUUGUAUUUUGUUUGUGUAUAGAUAUGUUUGUUGUUUAUAUAUGUUGAAAACAUACAACCAAAGAAACAAACGGUGUCAUAAAUUUUACGAUACUUGGACGAAUUUUAUUCAAUUGGUUGAAAUUUGUUAAAACUAAUUUGUGUACCAAAUGUUCAAUCUAUGAUACGAUGGGUGUACCAGGGAUGCCAAGAUUUUAUAUACAUAUUGUGA